AUGUGGCUUACUUUAUUCGUCGCCGCGCUUGCAGCAUGGCCAGCAGCGGCCGCGUCCUCCCAAACGGUCGAGGUGGACUUGAUCUUUCCUCGCAACGGCACCACAUACGAUACCACAGAGGCCGUCUUCCCCUUUGUCUUUGCCAUACAAAACGUCAAGGCUUCGCCGUCGCUGCUCCUGACGCUCGACUACAACGUCUUCCCCGCGGGGGACUACAGCGGCAACCACACCGCCCUCACCGGCUCCCGCAACUGGCAGUCCAUCGACGCCGUCAACGGCAGCGAUCCCUACUUCAUCUCUGACUUUUCCAAGGCGUUCAAUGCCACCGCCGCCGACUGGGAGCUGCGCUGGACCCUCUCCUGGAGCAACUGCACCGCGAGUGACGACGUGCAGCGCGUCGCCAUCUCCGGCGGCUCCAAACUACAGACCAUCAGGUUCUCGACGGCCAAGAGCGGCGGGCAAAAAAUCGAUUUGGCCGCGGCCACGGCUGAAGGGGCUUGCGACGAGUCCGCCUCGGCCGUUGCGCUGACCAUUGAGGAGAUGCUUGACAACCCGUUCCCGGACAGGUACCACGGCAAGUCGCAGUGCCCCCGCCUGGCGAAAGCGACGCCCAAGGCGGACCCCUGCAAGGUCAAGAUUGACCAGGCGCUCGCCUCCAACAUCACCGCGACGCUGGCAAACAAGGCCUGUCAUGCUGGGCCUAACCCGCCAGACAAGUGCCCGGGCGACCCAAAAGGAAGCUUGGCGACGCAUGGCGGUGGCAUCGGUGCCGGUACGUGGCUGCUUCUGCUGACGGGGUGCGUUGUGGUGGGACUCGGCUGGUAA